GUCGGUAGUGAAUACCCUGCAAAUUUUUUGGUUCAGGAGGCAAUUAACAACAGUGUGCAGUAGCCUUUAGGGAUAAACUAUCAUCCACCUCUGAAGUUGAUGAAUGGUUACGCAUUAACUUUUCAAAUAGCCACACAAUUGUUUCUGACUUGUUGACUGCAAGAAAAUGAUUAAUUUCGAGGAAGAGUAGUAUCUUAUUGUCUGUUAACAUCUUUUAGGCUUUUUAGAAUGGCAUGACUUAGGAGGCCACAGGUGAAAUCUAGCAAGUUAAAAUUGACCAGAUGGAAAUUACCAUGGUCAAUUAUUUGAAAUUAUAAUUUGCACUUUAGAAUGGAUUGGCUUUGUUCUUAUUACAAUAUAUAUGCUUUAGUUCCUUAAAUAUUUGCCAAAAGCUGGAUUUGGGCAGUUAAGUGCCAAGUUGCAGUAUUGAUAUUUUGAGAUCAUUUUCUCUUAGGUUUGGCUGAAUUUGCAAUGAAUUCAACAUGAAUUACUGUACCUUGUGAAAUUACAGUGUGCACGUAUUUCUGGCCAGUUCUCGAGUGGGGGAUUCUGCAUCAAGUUUAGUUAGAAUGUUCUUGUUUCAGUUAGUUUAAUUUUUGGGCCAUAUCUUGUUUCACGUUUCAGGGGGCAGGCAUGUUCCAUCCUCCAUCUAGAAAUUGGCUCAGUCCUCCAUCCUCAGGUUUUAUUGUGAAGAAAACAAUGAGAAUGGACAUUCCUGUGGAUAAAUACCCUAAUUUCAACUUUGUGGGUCGUCUACUUGGUCCGAGAGGAAAUUCUCUUAAGCGAGUUGAGGCAAACACGGACUGCCGUGUCCUGAUUAGAGGCCGUGGCAGCAUAAAGGAUGCUGCUAAGGAAGAGCUGAUGAGGGGAAAACCAGGAUAUGAACACCUUAAUGAGGCUCUCCACCUUGUGAUAGAAGCUGAGCUGCCAGCUGAAAUCAUUGAUAUCCGUCUUAUGCAAGCUCGAGAAAUUCUCGAUGACAUGUUGAAACCUGUGGAUGAAUCAAUGGACUUCUUCAAGAAGCAGCAGCUUGGCCAGCUUGCCAUGCUAAAUGGUACCCUUAUAGAGAUGACAGCUCGCAGAAGUCUGGGUCAGUCACCCCAUUUCGCAACAGCAUGGGCAUGAAGAGGGCCAAGACUCGUGGUUAAACCGCAAAGGUUUCCUUUUGACUCUCUCCAAGUUGAAGACAUCUCUUAUUAUGUGAGAUUAAUUUGCUGCCUGAUGUCUGAAGUAUAUGUUGCAGUUGUGGCGAGAGAAACAUAUCCCUGGUUGUGGUUGUGGUUGUGGUUGUGGCUGUGUAGUAUGCUAGUGUUUACUCUAGGCUUCUAAUCUAGUGGGGAGAAUGUGCUAUGCGAUUUUGGUAGGCUUGUAUAGCUCAACUUGUUGGUCACCUAUAGAAACAACUGAUUGUAUGUAACCUAACUGGGAAGUGCUUUUGUGC